GGCGGCGGGCGGGCUUCUUGACACGCCUCGGCUGCGAUUUACAGCCGGAGCGCGGAGGUGCGGACCGACCAUGGCGCGGAAGAAGGUGCGGCCGCGGCUUAUCGCCGAACUUGCUCGCCGUGUGCGGGCCCUGCGCGAGCAGCGGGAGCGCCCGCGGGACUCGCAGCGCUACUCACUGGACUACGAGACGCUGACACGGCCAAACUCCGGCCGCCGGCUGCCGGCCCGGGCCUGGGCCGACGUAACCCGCGAGAGUCGCCUCCUGCAGCUGCUCGGCCGCCUCCCGUUCUUCGGCGUGGGCCGCCUGGUCACGCGGAAGUCCUGGCUGUGGCAACACGACGAACCGUGCUACUGGCGCCUCACCCGUGUCCGUCCAGACUACACGGCGCAGAACUUGGACCAUGGGAAGGCCUGGGGCAUCCUGACCUUCAAAGGAAAGACGGAGAGCGAGGCCCGGGAGAUCGAACAGGUCAUGUACCACGACUGGCGGCUUGUGCCCAAGCACGAGGAGGAGACCUUCACCGCUUUCACGCCAGUGUCCGAGGAUACUUUUCGCUCUGUGCCCUACCCACCGCUACUCCGGGCUAUGAUUCUAGCAGAGCGACAGAAAAAUGGGGACACCAGUAUGGAGGAGCCCAUGCUGAAUCUGGAGAGAACACACAUAGCUCCUUGGGAUUACCCUGGGAAACAAGUGACAAAGAGAAAGGCCAAGGGCACUCCAGUCUAAAAUGUCGGAACCGGCAGCCUGCCUAAAGGGUGUUAAGAUGCUGGGCACAAUUUUGAUGAAACUAAAUCUUUUGAGUUACACCUGAAUCAGCUCCCUGGGAGCCUGGAUCCGACCUCCAUGACUUGUUCUGAACAAGGAAAGAAAGUGGGUGGUGCCAGACCCUACACCUGUCUUUUUUGUCCCUGUUGUCCCAGCUCCCAGAUCUGACUGAAGGGGCAACGCAGGAGACGGCUGCUAGGGGAAAGCUGAAAGCAGCGGGGCCAGCGGGUGGCACCUGUCACUUCCAGGCUGGCAACCCCUUCCCCAUCACGUGUUGCCUCAGCCGGGCCCCUGGCAGAAACUGUGAACGCGAAUAAAGGCAAAGGAAGCA